AUGAGGUUUUGCUAUCUUCGCGUUGUGAGCCUCCUCCUCUUCCUACUGACCCUGACGUACCAAAAAGAUAUUCCUUGUAACUCGGUCUGGGCACCAAACAUCAACCCCGGACAAGCAAUAUGCAAGUGCAUCGGCCAACCUAAGCGGAGAUGUAAAAUGGAUUCUUGCAAACCCAUCGUUAGUCAGGUUUCCUGCCCGGACGGCACGACGCAUAACUGCGACGGGACACCCACAGCACACGAGUACAUCAAUAACACACUCGUCUGUCGUGGUCAGGGAAAUCAGUUUUUCAGAAAUUGUUGGCUAACUGCUACUCCAGUAUGCGCGUCCACCGGCUGUUCGGUGAUUUGA